AUGAAUAAAGUACAACUCUUCCUUCAGCAAGGUAAAGGCAGGGCUGCUCAGCCCCUUGGUUGGUCUGCACCUCUAGCAGCAGCAGCAGCAGAAGCAGCAGCAGCAGAAGCAGCAGCAGCAGCAGCAGCACCAGCAGCAGCAGCAGCAGUUCUUCCUGCUGCAGCAGAGGCAGCACCAGCAGAUAUAAUUGCAUUUAAGGCAGCAGCUGCUGCUGUUAGGUCAUUGGGGCCCCACAGCGUGCAUGCAGGGGCCCCCAUCAAGGAAGUGCAGCAAAAGAGAGUGGCGCCCCCAACAAGCAUCAGCAGCAGCAGCAGUAGCCACCGCAGCAGCAGCAGUAGCAGUAGCAGCAGCAGCAGCAGUGGCCGCGAGCAUAAGCGCAGCAGGAGGCGUACUCAUGCUCACAGCCGCAGCAGGCCUAGAAGCAGCACAAGCAGCAGCAGCAGCAGCAGCAGCAGCAGCAGCAGCAAGGAAAGCACACCGGAAGCUGUUGUCCCGUCAAUAAGAAAAACUUAUGAAGAGGGGGGCCCCACAGGGGCCCCACACGAAGAAGAGAGGGGCCCCCAGUACCAUUUAAGGGGGCCCCCUUCUUCUUCUUUGUUGUUAAGGAGAGAGGAGACAGUUGAUAAGUCCCCCGUGUCUGUCCCUUCUGCCUCCCCAGCAGCAGAAGCAGCAGCAGCAGCAGCAGCAGCUGGAGAUGCAAGCAGCAAACAAGUGCUACACGGUGAUGAAUUAAAAGUUAUUCCCUUAGAGCAGCAGCAACAGCAGCAGCAGAAAAAGGAGCAGCAGCAACAGCAGCAGCAGCAAAAAGAGCAGCUAGUAAGAGAGCAGCAGCAAAAAGAGCAGCAGCAACAGCCGGAACAGCUACAGCAGCUACAGCAGCAGAAGCAGCAACAGCAGCAGGAGGAGAAGCACCUGCAGCAGGAGGAGAAGCACCUGCAGCAGAAGGAAGAGCACCUGCAGCAGCAGCAACAGCAACAGCAACAGCAGCAGCAGCAGGAAGAUGAUUUGCUUCCUGUGUCUCCUCGUACAGAGAGAGGUGAGGAUACACCCGAAAGGAGACAGAAGCGCAGCAGCCCUUUAUGUAUGCAGCAGCAGCAGCAGCAGCAAUGGUACUUGCUGCUGCAGCAAAAAGAAAAAGAAUUAAGGGAAAGAAGAAUUAUACAAAGAAUUAAGUCUCCUUCCCCUAGAUACAAAGAAACAGCAGCAGCAGCAGCAGCAGCAGCAGCAGAGGCAGCAACAGCAGCAGCACCUGUAGAUGGAGAUGCUGGUGGUGCUGAUGUACCACCUCCAGCAGCAGCAGCAGCAAAGGCAGCAGCAGGGCCUUCAGCAGCAGCAAAGGCAGCAGCAGCAAAGGCAGCAGCAGCAAAGGCAGCAGCAGUAAAGGCAGCAGCAGCGCCUGCACCAGCAACAAAGGCAGCAGCUGCAGUACCUGCAGCCACAGAAACUGCAGCAGCAGCACCUGCAGCAGCAGCGCCUGCAGCAGCAGCGCCUGCAGCAGCAGCACCUGCAUCAGCAGCGCCUGCAGCAGCAGCACCUGCAUCAGCAGCAAAGGCAGCAUUAGCACCUCCAGCAGCAGCAAAGGCAGCCUUAGCUCCUGCAGCAGCAGCACUUGCAGCAAGAGCAGCACCUGCAGCAGCACCACCACCACCAUCAGCAGCAGCAGCACCAGCAGCAGCAGCACCAGCAGCAGCACCACCAGCAGCAGCACCUGCAACAGCAUCAGCAGCAGGUAAGGCAUCAAGACAGCAUCUAUUAAAGGAGACAAUUGAUGAUUCUUUCUUCCCUAACAGUACCCUAAUUACACCCAAGGGGGCCCCCCCCAAGGGGCCCCCUCAAAGGGGGGCCCCUCUAAAGGGGGCCCCUCCCAAGGGGUCCCCCCCAACCCUCAUGGGGCUCCCAACCCUCAAGGGGCCCCCUCCCAAGGAUGUCCUUAAACAGGGGGCCCCCCUCCACCAACCCUUCUCCAAGGGGCCCCCUCCCAAGGGGCCCCCACCUAAGGGGCCCCCACUUAAGGGGCCCCCAUCAAAGGACACCCCUCCCAAGGGGCCCCCACCUAAGGGGCUGACAACAAAGGGUACCCCUCCCAAGGGGCCCCCACCUAAGGCGCCCCCAACAAAGGGUACCCCUCCAGAGGGGCCCCCACCUAAGAAGGGUACCCCUCCCAAGGGGCCCCCACCAAAGGGGCCCCCUACUGAGUCCGUAGAAGGAGGGCCCCCUAAAUUGCACAUGCAGGGUCCUUCUGCACAUCUCCUUCAACGGGGGCCCCCCAAGGGGCCCCCACCUAGGGGGCCUCCACCUAAGGGGCCCCCUAAGGUACCUUCACAGGAGCUCCAAGAAGGGCCUCCCGAGGGGCCCCCUAAGGGGCCCCCUAAGGGACCUUCAGAGGGGCCCCCCGAGGGGCCCCUUAAGGGUGAAGGUAUACAUUUGAGGGUAUCUCCUUUAGCGUCAUUAGGAGACAACAGCAACAGCAGCAGCAGCAGCAGCAGCAGCGGUGACAGCAGCAACAGCAGCAGGAGGAGUAGCAGCAAGUUGCAUGUGCUGCAGCGUAGUGUUGGUGAAUUAAUAAAGAAGAAGAAAGAAGAGAAGAAAAAAAAAGAAAUAUUUAAUGAGGUAAUAAGGAUGCAGCAAAGACAGAAGAAGAGACGCAUGCAGCAGCAGCAGCAGCAGCAGCAACUGCAGCAGCAGCAGCUAGCCUUCUAUAAGACAGGGAGACCAACUAUAAGACAACGAAGUGUCUCCUCCUCCCCAUCAAUAAAGGAGACAGAUAAGGAGGAGACAGAUAAGGAAAAGGAGACAAAAAAGGAGACAAAAAAGGAGACAAAAAAGGAGACAAAAAAGGAGACAGAUAAGGAUAUAUAUAUAAGGGAUUUAUUAUCUACUAAGGAACAAUUUAUACCUAUUAUUAAUAAAAAAAAAAGUAUUAUUGUCUUAUUUAAGGGGGGCCCCCCUAAGGAAGGGUAUAGGGGCCCCAAGGGGCAACAAGAGGAAGAAGAAGAGAGCAGUAGCAGCAGCAGCAGCAGCAGCAGCAGCAGCAACGACAGCAGCAGCAGCAGCAACGGCAGCAGCAGCAGGUUGCUGCAGCAGCAGCAGCAGGAAGAAGGGACAGCAGCAGCAGCAGAUGAUGAUGAUCAUGCUGCUGCUGAUGAUGAGGAGGAAGAAGAGGAGAGGCAGCAGCAACAGCAGCAACAGCAGCAACAGCAGCAGCAGCAGCGGGAGAGUGACGACGGGGAGAGGGAGGGACACAAGGCAGCAGAUGUUGCAUCUCCUAGCAGCAGCAGCAGCAGCAGUAGCAGCAGUAGCAGCAGCAAGAGCAGCAGCAGUAAGAGCAGCAGCAGCAAGAGCAGCAGCAGCAGGAAGAAGGAAAGAAGACGCAAUAGUGUCUUGCUGCACCCUAAUUGGCAGGAAGAGCAGCAAAGGCAGCAACAGCUGCUGCUGCUGCUGCAGAAGCAGCACCAGGAGCAGCAGCAACAGAAGCAGAAGAAGCACCAGCAGCAGCAGCUGCAGCAACAGGAAGCAGCAGGACUGCAUGCAGCAUAG